CCGGCGAUGUCCCAGUCUUCUCUCGAUGCCGGUAUCAUUUUCCUGAUUGCCUUAGUCCCGACUGCGCUUAUCGUGAUUUUGGCCGUGACGAUCUUGAGAGGCUUCGACCUUCUACCCGAUCUCCGGUCUCGGGUAUGGUCACGGAGUCGAGGUGAUCAUCCAAUCGCUACCCACGUCGCAGAGCCUCUGGGAGACAGCUCCACAACUAUACAAAGCACCUUUAUCGGCCAGGUUGUUGACGAGUCGACCCGAAAUGUCCCCCGACCCUUGCCCACCCACGAUGCGAAUGGGCCAAUUAUCGGGAUUCGAUAUCCCUCCUCCGCUGCGCGUCAUCAAGCGUAGAAAAUCUAUGCAAAUUCCCCACGGUAGUCCGAGAAGGACUAGCGAUGGGAGCCUCGACAGCGACCCCGAUCGCCCGUUAACCGUUAUCAAGAACCGGAAGCCUCAGAGUAUCAUCCGCGGGGGCAUUUCGAAGGCAGCCGACAAACCAAUUCAAGGUCGCGGUCCUAAGGAGCUCUUUAGGAGUGUCACCGCGAAAACGGGUUCAAGCAAAACGUGGGACUCAGCGACUCCGAAGGCUGACAAGACUUCACCUCGCCGCUCGGCGAGUCUGCAAGUGGGACAACGGCCAUCUUCUCUCACGUUUCUCACGAAGCUUCGUUCAUUUUCUAGGAGCAGAUCUCUGUCUAUAAAGGACCCUAUACAUCGAUCCAGCCCACGAUACCUGAGCCACUCUUCGCGUCGGCCAGCGGUCAGGUCACCCCGCGAGAACCUUGGAGCGAUUGCUAGUUCGCGGGAUCAGUCUCUAGAUAUAUUCUAUUCGGGGCCUACUUCCUACGCCGGCAAAUCAGGUUCUUCAGACCUAAGUAGCGAGCCUUCUUCAAAUAUACAAGACUCGGGCCCCGAAGCGCCCGAUCCGUGCAUACUUAUCCCGCACAUCCUGAUCACGGCGGAGUCGAGGUCGUUAAAUGACACGCGGCCAAGUGUCUGGGCGGCAAUUGAAAUAUCUGGCCAGUUAUUCCGCCCGCGUACUAGAGAGUCACCCCGCGACCUAGCACACGCUAGUGUUAACCAGGCCCCUUGCCUAUCUGACGACUUCGGCGACGCUAGCUUGUCACGGUAUGGAUAUCUCUAUGAUAUAAAGAUAGACGUCCUACCUACCGUAGAAAGUCGCAUCAUCGAUAUCAUAGGUGAUACGUCCACGAGUAUCAUCACCCCUGGUUCUAGCCACCUCGUAUUGGCCCAUAUCCAGCUUGAAGCUUCAAAAGCAAAUCAACUUAAACUAUCUAAGUGUACGUCGGAUAGUCUCAUGGCCGAUCUUGAGUCCCAGCUAGGAGAUUUCAGGACCGAAUACGUGCACGUCCGGGUCAACUAUUGCCAUUCAGGCUUCCCAGCAUCUGGAGCGUGCCUCGUCGAGGACGGCGUAUCAGUGUACCAAACUCGAUUGGAAACAGCAGCCACGGGAGCCAUCAGAAGGCAGAACCCGGCAUCUCUGUGGUCCCCUCGACAGACUCCCACGGCUAGCCCGAUAUUCGGCAAAAUCACAUCGCAUUGGGGGCAGACCCGCGCCGGCGAGAUCAUGCGUGGGAUCAUGGCAAGCCGCUCCGGCCCUCGCAAGGCGGCCUACUAGGCGGGCGCCGGCUGGGCCGAGGCGAGUAGACGGGAAGACGUCGGCGAGUCGCCCGGCAGCUGCGCGGGGAUGGCUCUUCCCGUGCCGCGACGGCGGGCUAGCCUGAAGCGGUCGCCUCUGGAGAAGGCGGCGGACCCGGCCAGGAGGAUUUGGACCGAGAUGCGCCGCACGUCCUCGGGCCGGCGCCCGGCCUUCCACGUGAGUAAGGCGGAUGGCCUGCCGGCCGCGGCGACGCUCGUGGACGCGCCCGACCCCGAGGAGCCCGGCCGCAGGUCGGACGCGGUCCACCGCCGCCGCGAGCUCAUCCGGGAGACGGCGCUGCGCAACGAGCGGUCCAUUGGCGCGGACAGCCUG